GACGAGGUCAACCAGAUCAUGGAAACUAACCUUUGGCUGCGGCAUAUCUGGAAUGAUUACAAACUGCGAUGGAACCCAGUUGACUAUGAUGGGAUCGAAUCCAUCAGAGUUCCCUCUGACCACAUAUGGAAACCAGACAUUGUGCUGUACAACAACGCAGUGGGAGAUUUUCAAGUUGAGGACAAAACAAAAGCAUUACUCAAAUAUGAUGGAACUGUUACUUGGAUACCUCCUGCCAUUUUUAAAAGCUCCUGUCCAAUGGACAUCACUUAUUUUCCUUUUGACUAUCAGAACUGUUCGAUGAAAUUUGGAUCCUGGACCUAUGAUAAAGCCAAAAUUGACCUUGCGAUCAUUGGGUCCAAAGUAAACUUGAAAGAUUUUUGGGAGAGUGGCGAAUGGGAAAUCAUUGAUGCUCCUGGAUAUAAACAUGACAUUAAGUAUAAUUGUUGUGAAGCUAUUUAUGUGGACAUCACUUACUCAUUCUACAUACGAAGACUUCCCUUGUUCUACACAAUCAACCUGAUCAUUCCUUGCCUGUUGAUAUCCUUUCUGACUGUGUUAGUUUUUUAUCUACCCUCUGACUGUGGCGAGAAGGUCACUUUGUGUAUAUCUGUCCUUCUCUCCUUGACAGUAUUUUUGUUGGUUAUCACUGAAACCAUCCCUUCUACCUCUCUGGUGAUUCCUCUGAUUGGCGAAUACCUUUUAUUUACAAUGAUCUUUGUCACUCUGUCCAUUGUUAUAACUGUAUUUGUUCUAAAUGUCCACUAUCGAACUCCAACUACUCACACCAUGCCAGGGUGGGUGCGGAGUGUCUUCCUGCACUUCUUACCCAGAGUGAUGUUGAUGAGAAGGCCUUUAGAUGAAAAGCAAGCUGAAAACGCUAGGAGCAGGCAAAGGAAAGCUAACUAUCUCCAAACAAAUUGUGCCAGCUAUAUGGAACAAAGUGAUUUCAAGAUUAACAAAGACCAGCCAAAAUUCCCCUGCCAGUACUGCAAACAGCCCAGUGGUGAUGCUUCCUGUAACAGAUAUAUCAGUCCACAGUCAUUUGAGACUCUGUUCGGUGUCUCACUCCUUUCUCCUGAAAUCCGACAGGCUAUAGAGAAUGUCAAGUAUAUUGCAGAAAACACAAGGAGCCAGAAUGCUGCCAGAGAGGUGGAAGAUGAUUGGAAAUAUGUGGCGAUGGUAAUUGACCGAAUAUUCCUGUGGGUAUUUGUUUUAGUUUGCGUACUGGGAACUGCGGGGUUGUUUUUACAGCCACUAAUGGCUGCAGAGUAAAUCUAGUGUCUUAUUUGAAACCAAUGAACAUCAUUGGUAUUAAGAUUCAGUGUACAUAAUACCAGUGCCGUCUGUCACACUAGAACAUACAGGUAAUCAAACACAGCAUGAGAAAGAAAAAUGAAAAACUUCUCCAUUGAAAUCUUUGUCUUUUAUUCCAUGCAUUUAUUAGCUUUUGACAAAAUAAUGAU